AUGGCGACCGUCCGCGCCUCUCCGCUCACUGCGCUGCCGCUUCUCCUGGCCGUGGCGGGGGUCGCGGAGGUGGCGGGGGGCCUGGCCCCGGGCAGUGCGGGUGCAUUGUGUUGUGAUCAUUCCAAGGAUAAUCAAAUGUGCCAUGAUGUUUGUGAACAGAUAUUCUCCUCAAAAAGUGAAUCCCGACUAAAACAUCUGUUGCAGCGAGCCCCAGAUUAUUGCCCUGAAACAAUGGUUGAAAUUUGGAGUUGUAUGAAUUCAUCUUUGCCAGGUGUGUUUAAGAAAUCUGAUGGCUGGGUUGGCUUAGGCUGCUGUGAACUGGCUAUUACUUUGGAGUGUCGACAGGCUUGCAAACAGGCAUCUUCGAAAAAUGAUAUUUCCAAAGUUUGCAGAAAAGAAUAUGAGAAUGCUCUUUUCAGUUGCAUUAGCAGAAAUGAAAUGGGCUCAGUGUGUUGCAGCUAUGCAGGCCAUCACACAAACUGCCGAGAAUACUGUCAAGCCAUUUUUCGAACAGACUCUUCUCCUGGCCCAUCUCAGAUCAAAGCAGUGGAAAAUUAUUGUGCCUCUAUUAGUCCACAAUUAAUACACUGUGUGAACAAUUAUACCCAAUCUUACCCAAUGAGGAACCCAACAGAUAGUUUAUAUUGCUGUGACAGAGCUGAAGACCAUGCUUGCCAAAGUGCCUGCAAGAGAAUUCUAAUGUCUAAGAAAACGGAAAUGGAGAUUGUUGACGGCCUCAUCGAGGGUUGUAAGACGCAGCCCUUGCCUCAGGAUCCUCUUUGGCAGUGUUUUCUUGAAAGCUCACAGUCUGUUCACCCUGGGGUCACUCUGCACCCUCCUCCUUCUACAGGCCUUGAUGGGGCUAAAUUGCAUUGUUGUUCUAAAGCAAACACUUCAACAUGUAGGGAACUGUGCACUAAACUUUAUAGUAUGAGCUGGGGCAAUACACAGAGUUGGCAAGAGUUUGAUCGCUUUUGUGAAUAUAAUCCGGUGGAAGUGUCCAUGUUGACCUGUUUAGCAGAUGUUCGGGAACCUUGCCAGUUGGGCUGUAGAAACCUUACUUACUGUACUAAUUUUAACAACAGGCCAACAGAGCUUUUCAGGAGUUGUAAUGCUCAGUCAGAUCAAGGAGCCAUGAAUGACAUGAAGCUAUGGGAAAAAGGAAGCAUAAAGAUGCCAUUUAUCAACAUACCUGUUCUUGACAUUAAAAAGUGCCAGCCAGAAAUGUGGAAAGCAAUAGCUUGCUCCCUGCAGAUUAAACCUUGUCAUAGUAAAUCCCGGGGGAGUAUUAUUUGCAAAUCAGACUGUGUGGAAAUUCUCAAGAAAUGUGGGGACCAGAACAAAUUCCCUGAAGACCAUACAGCUGAAAGUAUUUGUGAGCUUCUGUCACCUACAGAUGACCUGGAGAGUUGUAUACCUUUGGAUACAUACCUCAGGCCAAGUACCUUAGGUAACAUUGUAGAAGAGGUGACUCAUCCCUGUAACCCCAAUCCUUGCCCUGCUAAUGAGCUCUGUGAGGUGAACCGGAAAGGGUGUCCAUCUGGAGAUCCCUGCCUCCCAUACUCUUGUGUUCAAGGUUGCAAAUUGGGAGAAGCCUCUGAUUUCAUCGUCCGUCAAGGGACACUAAUCCAGGUGCCGUCGUCUGCAGGCUCGGAAGUUGGUUGUUAUAAAAUUUGCUCCUGUGGACAUUCUGGGCUCUUAGAAAACUGCAUGGAGAUGCACUGUAUAGACCUUCAGAAGUCUUGUAUUGUUGGAGGAAAAAGAAAAAGUCAUGGAACAUCCUUUAAUAUCGACUGCAAUGUUUGUUCUUGUUUCGCUGGCAAUUUGGUGUGCUCUACCCGCCUGUGCCUCAGUGAGCACAGUUCAGAAGAUGACCGCCGCACCUUCACAGGACUGCCCUGUAACUGCGCAGACCAGUUCGUCCCCGUGUGUGGGCAGAAUGGACGCACCUACCCCAGUGCCUGCAUUGCUCGCUGUGUGGGCCUCCAAGACCAGCAGUUUGAGUUCGGGUCGUGCAUCUCAAAGGACCCAUGUAAUCCUAACCCCUGCCCCAAAAACCAAAGAUGCAUACCCAAACCACAAGUCUGCCUGACGUCUUUUGACAAAUUUGGGUGUAGCCAGUUCGAGUGUUUGCCACGACAGCUCACCUGCGACCAGGUCCGAGAUCCUGUUUGUGACACAAACCACAUGGAGCACAGCAAUCUCUGCACUUUGUACCAGCGAGGGAAGAGCCUCUUGUACAAAGGCCCGUGCCAGCCCUUCUGCAGAGCCACGGAGCCCGUCUGUGGGCACAACGGGGAGACCUACCGUAGCGUGUGCGCAGCCUACUCGGACCGCGUGGCCGUGGAUUACCAGGGGCCCUGCCAGGCCGUCGGCGUCCUCUCCGAGCACAGCUCUGUCACCGAGUGUGCUGCCGUGAGGUGUCCUUCGCUCUCCGCAGCUGAGUGCAAACCCAUCGUCCCACCCGGUGCUUGUUGCCCACUGUGUGCUGGGAUGCUAAGAGUUUUGUUUGACAAAGAAAAACUGGAUACAAUUGCCAAGGUAACGAACAAAAAGCCGAUAACCGUUCUGGACAUACUUGAGAAAAUCCGCAUGCAUGUGUCCGUCCCACAGUGUGACGUCUUUGGAUACUUCAGCAUUGAAUCCGAAAUAGUGAUCCUGAUCAUUCCUGUCGAUCAUUCUCCAAAAGCUCUGCAGAUUGAGGCCUGCAAUAAAGAAGCCGAGAAGAUCGAAUCCCUGAUCAACUCUGACAGCCCUACGCUGGCCUCCCACGUCCCCCUCUCUGCCCUCAUCAUUUCCCAGGUGCAGGUCUCCAGCAGCCUGCCGUCGGCGGGCGUCCGGGCCAGAGCUCCCUGCCACUCCUGCCUCUUCCUCCUCACCCUGGGCUUCACCCUGCACGUAGUCUAG